AUGUCUGCCUCCAUCAAAGAACGUUUAAAAGAGCUCGUUGACAAAAAAGAUGCAAUUGAGAAAGAAAUCAAGGAACUUUACGAAGUACUUGACUCGCAACAAGGUGUUGGUAUGGAUGGUGCACUGAUAGACAGUGAUGGCUACCCAAGAAAUGACAUUGAUAUCUAUUCUGUCCGGACAGCGAGACAUAACAUAAUAUGUCUUCAAAAUGAUCAUAAAGAAUUGAUGAAGCAGAUAGAGAAAGGUCUCCAUGCGUUACAUGGCUUAGAAAAAGUAAACCAAGUUGCAGAAACUGGGAAGAAACCCACAGAGAAAGUGGAUAGAAAACCUUUUGCUAAAAUCGAUAUUGUUACACCUGAAUCACCUGCCUCCAUCGGGGGUCUUGAGGUUGGUGAUCAAGUCAUCAAGUUUGGUUCAGUAACCGUGGAAAACUUCCAUAGUCUUCAAAACAUAGGGCAGGUUGUACAACACAGUCAGGGGAAACCAGUGAGUCUGACAGUGAUAAGAAAUGGAGAAGUAAUCCAUUUAGCAGUGAAACCACAAACAUGGAGUGGAAGAGGUCUCCUUGGGUGUAACAUAGUCCCACUCUAACGAUGAUGUGUGCACAUAAAGUGAUGAGUCAUCAAAGUAUGUGCUCAAGAUAAGCGCGUCAUCAAGUUUCAGAACACCAAAUCGUGUGCACAGUGGAUGCCAGGUCACCAAUCCAUGCGUAUAAAAGAUUUUCAUUCAGUCAAUGCAGAUCAAUAAACCUAAGUUUAUUUCUUUCUUUUAUUUCCACGACAAAGUUACUGAAAGCAUGUAAUUAAAGUGGAAUAUUAAUACAAAUGUAUAAAUUGAAA